CUUUCUUCAAUACCAUAACCUCAUACCUCAAAACCGUUAGUACUAUCUCAUUGCACACAUGAAGAGUCUGGCUAUAGCAGGCAGCAUGGCAGCUGGCGCUGCUGCUGCAGCUGCAGCUACCGGGUGCACCCCGGAAGUGUUCACUCCCUAUCUGUCGUCCAACGCAUCGAUCGUGUACGCCCGGGUGUUCACCGCCGACCAGACAUUCGUGGGCCCGAUGGGCAACUACACAAACCUGCCCGAGUACUGCGCGGUGUACGUGAACGUGAGCUCGUCGGCGACCUCGUCGUACGAGUUUGCCGUGUGGCUGCCCACGCAGACGUGGAACGGCCGGUAUCUGGCGUACGGCAACGGCGGCUUCACGGGCCAGAUCGCGUUCGCCGACAUGGCGCCCGGGCUGGAGUACGGGUUCGCGACGGUGUCGACCAACACCGGGCACAACUCGACGGUGCAGGAGGCGGGCGAUGCCGGAUGGGCGCUGAACGACCCCGAGACGCGGACUGACUGGGGCUGGCGGGCGCUGCACGGCACCGUGGCCCUGGGCAAGACGCUGACGGAGGCGUACUACAACGAGACGAUCGCGUAUUCCUACUACUCGGGCUGCUCGACGGGCGGCCGGCAGGGCCUGAAGGAGGUGCAGAUGUUCCCCGACGACUUUGACGGCGUGCUGGCGGGCGCGUGUGCCUGGUGGACCACCCACCAGCAGAACUGGGAUCUCAAGGUGGCCGUCGACAACCUGCCCAACAACGCCAGCCACCACGUCACCAGCGAGCUGAUGGACGUGCUGGCCGACGAGGUGCUGCGCCAGUGCGACGGCGCCGACGGCCUGCGCGACGGCAUCAUCAUGAACGGCUAUGCGUGCCAGUUCCGGCCGGAGACGCUGCUCUGUGACGGCUCGAACACGACCAACACGUCCACCUGCUUCACCCCGGCCCAGAUCGACACCAUCUACAAGGUCUACGGCGCCUGGGUCGAGACCAACCAGACCUUUGUCUUCCCCUCGUUUGCCUGGGGUUCCGAGGCCCAGGUGGCCGAGAUGAUCCUCACGGACGACGACGAGCAGGGUUCCCCCAGCGGGAUUGCCUACCCGCGCGACUUUGUCUACAACGACGCCGACUGGGCCUGGCAGAACCUGGAUCUUGCCACGAUCCAGCUCUCCGACUCGCUGGACCCGGGCAAUGCCACCGCCGGCGACUUUGAUCUGCGGCCCUUUUACAACAGGGGCGGCAAGCUCCUCCACUACCACGGCUUCGCCGACGGGGAGAUCCCCACGGGGUCGUCCAUCUACUACUACCGACACGUCCAGGAGACGCUGGUCCCGCUCGGCAUCGAUCUGGAUGAUUUCUACCGAUUCUUCCUCAUCCCGGGCAUGGAGCACUGUUUAGAUUCCGUUCAUGAUGCCCCCUGGUACAUUGCCACCGCCAACCAGCCAGGCGGCCUCGUUGCCGAAUCCUCCAACGACACCAUCUGGGGGGUCCCCGGGUACCGCGACGCCAAGCACGACGCUCUGCUGGCCAUCAUGGCGUGGGUUGAGAACGGAACCGCCCCGGAGGAGCUGGUGGCCACCAAGUAUGUCGACGAUACUCCCUCCCUGGGCGUUCAGGCCCAGCGGGUGAUUUGUCCGUAUCCCAAGCAGGCCGAGUAUGUGGGUGGGGAUUGGAACACCACCGAGUCAUUUACUUGUUCGGGGUAUUAUUAGAGGAGAAGCAGCAUAUUAGAUUGUAUAACAUGUAUAUAAUGUGUAUCAUGGGUAGAGUAUCAGUAGCAACGCUAGUUAGACAAUCAAAGUCCUAUACAUGUGAG